GCAGGGCCUCAGGGUGCACUACCCCAGCCAGACUGCAGCGCCCUCCAGAGGCUUCCCGGACUUCCUGCUCCGAGUGCCGGCGGCCAGCGUGGCCCAGCCGCGGUCCGGCAGCACCACCGAGGCCAGCGAGUCCGACGACGAUGAGGACGAAGAGGACGACGAAGAAGGCACGUCUGCCGCUCCGGUGCCCGUCGACCCCGUCCCGCCUGCUAGUCCUCGCCUCAGCGCCUCCGUCCACCACACGCAACCACAGGAAGUGGGCCCGACCGACGUCAGUGCAGCUGCAGACGGGGAGAGGACGGACGCACAAAAUCUGAAUGUUCAGCCGGACUCCGUGGCUUCCUCGGCGUCCGUUCAGUCAUCGCCCGCCGAAGAGGGCGAAGGCGACACCUGCACCAUCUGCUUUGAGGCGUGGACGACAGCUGGCGAGCACAGGCUGUCCGCUCUGCGCUGUGGACACCUCUUCGGCUUCACCUGCAUCCAGCGCUGGCUGAAAGCUCAGGGCCCGGCCGCUAAAUGUCCGCAGUGCAACAAGAAGGCGAAGCGUUCAGACAUCGUUCUGCUGUACGCGCCCAAGCUGAGAGCGCUCGACAACUCGGAGCAGGAGAGCUUAAAGAAGUGAGCGAUGUUUUCUGUGUGCUCGGUUUAAGCUGGAGAGGUGCGGCAGUUUGAUUCCAGCUCGACCAAACAGUUAAAGUCUAAACUGCUCAAAGA